GCGCCAGUGAAUCCUAUCGUGCGUUGCUGGUCUGCUAUCCCCGCUCAAAAUGCAAGGUUUCGUAUGCUUCGGUCCGACCGGAUGGAAGGAGGCAUCUGAAGCUCUUCUCCUGGGUGUGUAAAUCUCUAUGGCUCGUCGCAUCUCGAGCGUUAAGUGGUCCGUAUAACUGCCCUUCGAGUCAUCCUGCUCCACUCCGUUACGCUCCCACACGUCAAUUCACUAGCUCUGAACAUCACAAGCCAUUGACGCGAAGCCAUGAACGGACCCGCGCACCACAAACUCCCCCGAGUCGCAAUCGUUACGGGUGCCUCGAAGGGCAUCGGGCACGACAUCGCGCUGCGGCUCGCCGACGACGGUCUGGACAUCACGAUCAACUCGCGCAACGCCGCUGAGCUCGAGGUGGUUGCGGCCGAGAUCCGGGCGAAGGGCCGCAAGGUGCUGGCAUUCGUGGGCGACGUCUCGGAUGAAGACGCCGUCAAAGGGAUGGUUGGCAAGACUGUGGAGACCCUCGGGAGACUCGACGUCAUGGUGGCGAAUGCGGGGAUAGGGUUCGUGUCUAGCGUUGUUGACAUGGACCUCAAGGACUGGAACCGCUGCAUGGACUGCAACCUGGCUAGCACGAUGCUCUGCUACAAGUACGCCGCUCGUCAAAUGAUCGACCAAGGCGAAGGGGGGAGAAUCAUCGGGGCGUCGUCUAUUCUCGGGAAAAAAGGUGGCCCCAAUAGCUCCGCGUAUGUUGCGACGAAGUUCGCGAUUCGGGGCCUUACGCAGUGCCUUGCCAUCGAGCUUGCUCCCCACAACAUCACGGUGAACACGUAUGCGCCCGGAGUCAUCUUGACGCCAAUGACUGACGUCGGUGCUCUCGAUCAGCAAUAUGGCGGAAGCCCCGGAGCGUACACUAAGCACGUUUGUGGCAUUCCUCCAGACGGCCCUCACUCGUCGUCCGGUGAUCCCGUCGCCAGUGUGGUGUCAUAUCUGGCGAAGCCUGAGGCCUACUUCAUCACAGGGCAAUCCAUCGGCGUGGACGGAGGUGUCGUCUUUAGUUGAAGACAGCCAUUGAUUCCUGAUGUCAAUUGUCGUGAUAGUCGUGACCUAGUAGCCUGAAGCGGUCUGGUGCCGGGCCUCCAACCGUUCUCUACAACACCGAACCUCUGACAUACAAGUCGUCCCCUGCGACUGGUUCCAGAGAUUCGUCAUCGCCUCAAGUCAGGUGCGCUCUGAGAUGUUGGGCUGUCUUACCGGCGAAGACGAGUCUUCAAGUUCUUGUCCUAGUGGACUCUCAGUCAGCUUUGAGUGACGGGAUGCACGAGAGCGUCUUCGUAGUCUUCAUUACUUCAUUAUAGCCCGCGCUGCAUGACGUGUAUCCUAGUGAGAAAAUAGUAGUAGGCGAUGUGUACAAUCGUCGUCGUUGUCUUCCGA